GGCUGCUUCUUCAGAUAUCGCCGAUAAAAAACGAACGAGAUUUGGUUGUGCUCUUUUUGUUAACAUUCAGGGAUAUCACAGCAUUGAAACAACCAAUAGAAACGGACGAUACAAAAGGAGGUCUAUCAAAAUUCGCAAAGCUUGCAAGAUCUGUAACAAGAAGUCGAUCUGUUCUGGUAUCGCAGUUCUCAUCACAUCUGCCAAACCUCAAGGAUGCCACCAAACAGUCACAUUUGGCACAGAUGAUGAGUCUGAGUGCAGACAUAAUGCCCCAGUACCGUCAAGAAGCCCCCAAGACCCCUCCACACAUCCUUCUCCAUUAUUGCGCCUUCAAGGCUAUUUGGGAUUGGAUAAUUCUUUGUUUAACUUUUUAUACAGCCAUUAUGGUUCCUUACAACGUAGCCUUUAAGAAUAAAACAUCGGAAGAUGUAUCUCUUCUGGUUGUGGACUCAAUUGUUGAUGUGAUAUUCUUUAUCGACAUAGUAUUAAAUUUUCACACGACCUUCGUUGGACCUGGAGGAGAAGUAGUGUCAGAUCCCAAGGUCAUCAGGAUGAAUUAUUUGAAGAGUUGGUUUAUCAUCGAUUUAUUAAGUUGUUUACCGUAUGAUGUCUUCAACGCCUUUGAUCAUGAUGAAGAUGGAAUUGGUAGCCUAUUCAGCGCUCUGAAAGUCGUCCGCUUACUACGUUUAGGUAGAGUUGUUCGAAAACUCGACCGAUACUUAGAAUACGGAGCUGCGAUGUUAAUUCUUCUUCUCUGCUUCUAUAUGUUGGUUGCCCAUUGGCUAGCCUGUGUCUGGUAUUCAAUAGGCCGAUCAGAUGCUGACAAUGGAGUACAAUAUAGUUGGUUGUGGAAAUUAGCUAACAUUACGCAAAAUCCUUAUUCGUACGUUUGGCCUAAUGACUCAAGUACACCCGAAUUGAUAAAUGGUCCAUCCAGAAAAACAAUGUACGUCACGGCAUUAUAUUUCACUAUGACCUGUAUGACUUCGGUAGGUUUCGGCAACGUUGCUGCAGAAACUGAUAACGAGAGAAUAUUCACGAUUUGCAUGAUGAUUAUAGCAGCGCUAUUGUACGCAACAAUAUUCGGUCACGUUACUACGAUAAUUCAGCAGAUGACAUCAGCUACUGCCAAAUAUCACGAUAUGUUGAACAACGUACGGGAGUUCAUGAAACUUCACGAAGUUCCUAAAGCUCUUUCUGAACGGGUGAUGGAUUAUGUAGUGUCAACUUGGGCUAUGACGAAAGGCUUGGACCAGGAUAAGGUACUAAAUUUCUGUCCGAAAGAUAUGAAGGCUGACAUCUGCGUUCACUUGAACCGAAAGGUAUUUAACGAACAUCCGGCUUUUCGAUUAGCAUCUGACGGAUGUCUUAGGGCCCUCGCAAUGCACUUUACGAUGUCUCACUCUGCACCAGGAGAUCUUCUUUAUCAUACUGGAGAGUCAAUAGAUUCCUUAUGCUUUAUAGUCACUGGAUCAUUAGAAGUUAUACAAGAUGAUGAAGUUGUUGCAAUUUUAGGUAAGGGUGAUGUAUUCGGUGACUCGUUUUGGAAAGACAACGCAGUAGGCCAAUCUGCUGCUAAUGUGCGUGCUUUAACUUACUGUGAUUUACAUACUAUAAAAAGAGAUAAAUUAUUAGAAGUGUUAGAUUUCUAUCAAGCUUUCGCUAAUAGUUUCGCGCGAAAUCUCAUUUUAACUUACAACUUAAGACAUCGUUUAAUAUUUCGAAAAGUUGCCGAUGUGAAACGGGAAAAAGAAUUGGCUGAAAGACGAAAAAACGAACCGCAGUUAGAUCAAAAUCAAGACCAUUUGGUGCGGAAAAUAUUUUCAAAAUUUCGAAGAGAUCGGAGUCAACAUGCUGCGGCACCUCCAGCUACGCCAUCCGACGUCGAAAAAGGAGACGAGGCUAAUGAUAAGAAUAUUUCAAGGGUGAUGUCGACUACGAAAUUAUCUGCUGUUGCUGAAAAGGAUGACAGCAGUGGAGGAGGUGUCAAAACCACUGUUGCCCGACCUGCCACUGCUAGAGGAAGUAAAUGGGGUAGAUUGUUAGGUUCCGCUAGCUUAGAUUCGGGUUCAGAAACAUCGACAGUUCCUCAAGGUUUCACAAGAAGCUUAAGCGCCAAAGAUCCGAAAGAACGUCCUAGUUCAUCAUCAUCUGGUAGCUCUGGAAACCAACUAACGCCUGGUUCAGGAAAUAAGAUUUUUCCAAAACUUCAGAAAGUGUCCACAACAUCGAGUCCCGGUAUUACUAGACAAGACACCAUUGACGAAAUGGGUGAAGUGGACCCGCCACAUUCGAGAAAUUUGUCGUUGAGAAAGAUGCAGAGCUACGAUUGCGGGUUGCGAGACCCUUCGAUCGCUUCAAUGUAUCAAACAGCCGUCCCUGAUGCUAUCGCGCCAAUAGAAUAUAAGGAACUCAUGACCAAUCUCAUGGAUUUUAAGGUAGACGUGAAAUUAGAAAUCCAAAAAGUGAAUCAGAAAGUCAAUCGAAUAGAGGAGAUGAUAUCUGAAAUACUAAAGCGAUUGGGAUCAGACAGCGGUUCGAGCUCCCAAUCACCUAACGAGACCGAGUCCAAAAAGUCUUCCAAUACACCACCAGAAAGGCCUACGGACCUCCUACCUCGAAAUACGGAAGGAGGAACUGGUCUAGGUCCAGUCAUAUUAAAAAAACGUAGAUCAAAAACGAGAAUAAAGGGAUCUGCACCCCAGGUUCCAACACCUUCGAGUGGUAAGGCGACGUCUCCAGAUAGUGCCGCAACCAGUCCUACUGAAACGACAAAAAUGUUAGAAGAGCCCAUGCUUACCCCGUCCUCUAGAAAACCCAAGGACUUUCUUUAACAGUAAUAAUUAUGUUUUAAUUAGGAUUUUCAUUGAAAUUAGAAUAUAAUUAAAGUUACUUUUUCUAAAGAAACUAGCACUCGUCUUUGAAAUGCUCUCUGAAAAACAUGAAGUACAACUCAAAAUAACAGUACUACAUUCAAGUGUUCUUAUAGUGAAGAGAAGCAAAUUAGAAAAAGGCUGCAUACGUAGUUUCGAUUUUUAUUCACUAGAGUGGAUAAAGGUUUCAUUAAUGCUAGGUGAAAUUAACUUGAAGGUCUAAAAUUCUAGGUACUUAGUUUGAAAAUUCUUCAAAUCAAAUUUAUAUUAUUAAUAUGAAAACAAAUAAUUUAUCAGGUUAAAAUACUCAAUGGUGGUGCUAGAAAUUGGUAAAAAUAUGUCAUCUAACAUUUAAUAAUAAUUGUAAAAAAGAAAAUUUUCAAAAAUUAUAUACUAUAUACUAGUCACUUGUUUCAUAACGAAGCAAUUGUAACAAAACGAAAAAUUUGUAAUCAUACAUUUUAUAUAUCGACUAUGAACGUCUCUAGCUUCAUUCAUGUUUCUCGUAAAAUCAUUUUUCUGCCCUCUUCUUUCAAAUGUUAUUAUUGUUGAAAUAUGUCUAUUUUGUUAAUAUUACUAAGUACUAUCGGUGGUCAUACUGAUUAUUCUCAAUUACCUGUGAGACAUACUAUUACAAAAUUAGUUACUCGAAAUUCCUUACCUGAAAGAAAACGGAACUUAUAUUCAAGUAUAUUUUCUAAAUUAUACAUUCAUCCUUAUAUAUUUAUAAUAGAUGAUUCCGUACAGUGUGUUUGACGAAAUAAAUAGUUGUAUACUACUCUCUGAAGGCUGGGGACGGCUCAUGCCCGGGAAACAAUCCGUAAUUUUUACAGAUAUGUAGAUUUUCAGAUCUUUCUACAUGCCGUUCUAAAGAAAAUUAUAAUAAAUUGUAAUUACUCAUUGAAAACACUUCCUCACGGUACAUUUCAAAUAAAGAAACAACAACGAUUUUGUAUUAAUGUGUGGCCAGGAAUAGUGGGUAAUAAUUUUUUAGAGGAUAUCUUGAAAGCUUGGUAUUUGCAACACCGGUAAACACUAGAAUCGAAAUGAGAAUUUUUUCCUUAUAUAAAUAACACGAUAUUCCUCCUAUAAGUUAUUUCAAUGGAUAAUAACAAUUUUAUCGAGUUAAGCAAAGAUUGAAAACUUCAUUUUUGCUAUCUUUAGAUUCUACAGGUUUUCCCUGUAACUGUUUUAGAUUGUUAACCGUUAGGCUUGAACCGUCCCUGGACUUCAGCAGUGUAGUAGAAUUAUUUAUACCCUCAAACACACUAUAUCGUCAUACGUAAUCAUCCAUUAAAAAUUCAUAAUAUUUGAAAGUAUAAUUUAGAAAAUAUACUUAAAUAUAAAUUCUGAUUUCGCAACUUUAAAUGCCUAUUACUCAGAAACCAAGGGUUGCAUGAGACUUUUUUUUCUUACCUACUCACUCUCGAAUGUAUAUUACCAUAAUUCAAUUAUGCUCAAAUACACACGAUUAAUUUAUAAUGAACUAAUUUCUUGCACUACUAGAAAGGGGUAGAAAACACACGGUCUGAUUUUAUUUUCACUGGUUUUUCAACUUAUACCCAAAAAAACUUUUUGUUUUAACAUUCACAUGAAUAAAUUGGGGGAACUGAAUUCACUUAGGCAGGUAGCUGAAAUUUUUAUUGUUUGUCACUUCUAUGAAACAAAAUUUGAGUUUUGUUGCAUCACAAUGAAUCUUAGGAUGAAAUUGUAGACUUGAUAUGCUGUAAAAUUUAUUUCUAUCCAUUUGCAAGGCAACCUUCGAUUAUUUUCAUAUGUGGCUAUGAAAAUAUAGAAAAAAAUUCUAAAUGAUUUUAUUCUAAUUCAAAAA